UCUAUAUAUAUAUAUAUAUGAGAAAGCUUGAAACUACAACCUAAAUCUGUUUCAUAUUCUUUAAAGCUUAAACUCCUUUCCCACCCACAUAUUCCUUUUCCAAAGUCCUCCCUCUUCUGCCAGAGCAGAUAUCAAAAUGGAUCUAACUGAGUACUACAAACCACAAACCCUGACUCAGUUUAUAAGCAUGCAGUUUCUAAAGAAGGUGACACAGUUGGUACUCUCAGUUUCUGUGUUUUCUUUCUUCUUUUCUCACUCAUCCUCGCUUUCUUUCCCCCAGUCUUUCGACUUCUUAUCCGCAUUCCCUUUCCAACUAUUUGGCCACACUGUUGAUAAAAACUGCAUAUUCCUCAUUUGCAAUGGGCUCCUGGUUUUCCUUUCAAAAUACUCCGGUCUAAUAAGUUCUCUGCCACGGUCUAAUCACGACGAGGAAUCCAUCACAAGUGUUGAUCUUGGUCUGCAACCCGACUCGUCUACAUUAGAGACCAAUGAGGCAACGUUGGAGAACAAGGUUAUGGUAGAAACCGUCGGUUCUGCAGAGAAUGUUGCCCUGAAACAAAGGAGAGAAAUAGACUAUUUGAUCAAAGAUGUGAAAAAGGAAACUGAAAAUACAGCUGUGGAGGAAGGAGAAAACAGGUUUUUUAUUUCAGAAGAAGAAGAAGAAGGUGUAGUAUAUGUCUCAGAAGAUGAAAAGGAACAAAAUGAGUCAGCAACUAGCUCAUUUAUCAAUAAAGAAGAAGAAGAAAACGAAGGAAAUGAGAAGUUGAGUAUAGAAGAACUAAACAAGAAGUUCGACGAUUUUAUUAGAAGGAUGAAGGAAGAAAUAAGAAUUGAAGCUCAACGACAACUAGUUAUGGUCUAGUGAUCCCCUUAAAUUAUUUUUUACUUAAAAAAUCAUGUGUGUCUCUAAUCCUGAUUGUGAAUUGUAAGUUCCAAUACUUGUUCACCCUUCUUCUGUUAGCUGUAUGUGAAUGUACUCUAGGAACUCUUGUCUGUUCUUCGUAAUUUUGUUAUCUGUGUACUUGUUUGUUGUUGUAAUAUGAAUAAACAGUCAGUGAAUAUUGUAUCUGUA